GUGCCAGCAUGUAAUCGUCUUUGGUCUUGAAUAAUAAAUCUAGCGAACUUAAAGUAAACCCUAAUGUAAGGGCUUAGAGCUAGAAACAAUUAGGUAAAAAUAGGUUUAUAAAAACAGAGCAUUGGCACAUUGUCCAGCGUAUCUCCUCCUGAGACAGAAAUAUCUCCUUUUCUUCUUUCUUACUCUGCAAUCUUCUUUCCAAUGUCUCGUAGUUCUCAUUUGAUAUUCAUUCUUUUCUUGCUCUCCUCCGCAAACUCUUUUCUGUUUCAUAUCUGCUCUGCAGACCACGAUGAUGACGAAGGCAAAGCUAUUGUCAUAGAUCCAAAUCUCAAAUUCGAGAACCCAAGGCUUCGGGAAGCCUAUAUUGCUCUUCAAGCAUGGAAAUCUUCAAUUUUCUCUGACCCUUUUAACUUCACCGCCAACUGGCACGGCUCCAAUAUCUGCUCCUACAAUGGCGUCUUCUGUGCUCCAUUACCCUCCAAUCCCUCCAUUAAGGUGGUUGCCGGGAUCGACCUUAACCAUGCCGACAUUGCUGGUUAUCUUCCGCCGGAGCUUGGUCGCCUUAAAGAUCUUGCCUUGUUCCACAUCAACUCCAACCGUUUUUGUGGUGUAGUGCCCACCACUUUCCGCCGCAUGAAGCUCCUCCACGAGCUCGAUCUCAGCAACAAUAGGUUUGUGGGGAAGUUCCCUAAGGUGGUCUUAUCUUUGCCUAAACUUAAAUUCUUGGAUAUCCGCUUCAAUGAGUUCGAGGGCUCUGUCCCUUCCAAGCUCUUCCGCAAGGAUCUCGAUGCCAUUUUCUUGAACGACAACAGGUUCCAGUUCGGGAUCCCCGAGAGUCUAGGGAACUCGCCGGUUUCUGUGUUGGUCUUGGCAAACAACAAUCUUGGUGGUUGCAUUCCGAGCAGCAUUGGGAAGAUGGGGAAGACUCUCAAUGAGAUCAUACUCUUGAAUGACAACCUGACUGGGUGUUUGCCUCCCCAGAUCGGACUUCUCAAGGAUGUAACAGUCUUUGAUGUUAGCUUCAAUCAUCUUCGAGGGUCCCUGCCGUCUAGUAUUGGCAACAUGAAGAGCUUGGAGCAGUUGGAUGUAGCUCACAACAGUUUCACGGGUGUGAUAUCGGCCACCAUGUGCCAGCUACCUAAUUUGCAGAACUUUACCUAUUCUUUCAACUAUUUCACUGGCGAACCGCCUAGUUGUGCGGCUAUCUCCGCCGGAGGGAAUGUGGCGUCGAACGGGAGCAAGAAUUGCAUUCCUGGCAAGACAAAUCAGAAGACUCCCAGAGAAUGCUCUUCAGAUGCCGCACGCCCUGUUGACUGCAAGGGGAUCAAAUGUGGUGACAUUGGUGGUAGGAGAAGGCCUCCUGUCCCCAGGCCACCAACUCCAAGCAUUUCUCAGUCUCCUAGACCAAUUCUCCGUCCUUCCCCUCCAUCUCCCACUUCAAAGUCUUCGCCCUUCACCAGAUCACAUCCUCCACCACCUACAAAGCAGUUUCAUUCUACAUCCCCACCACCGCCCACUUCAAAGUCUUCACCGAAGGCACAUCUCCCUCCACCGCCACCACCACCUGAGAUUGAACACUCGCCGUCAACUUAUCACCAUACAACACCACCUCCUCCGCCCAGAAGAUAUCAUUCUUCCACACCUCCCCCACAUAGUAGGAAAGUAUCACCCACCACACAUUUUGCACCACCGCCUCCAUCUGUCCAUUACGUUCCCGCAGCGCCUAAAAAAUCAUCUCCACCACCCCCGCCGUCUGACUACUCCGCACCUCCCUAUAAACACAUAACACCACCCCCCAAAGAGUCGGUAGGGGUUCCAGCGCCAAGUUAUCCAAUUUACUCUUCUGCGCCGCCGCCACCAACUCCAAACUAUCACACUUAUCUACCGUCGCCACCACCAAUGCUAAUAUACACGCACUCGCCUCCUCCUCCAAUGUCUGACCAUUUGGUAGCUCCAGCUCCGUCACCACUGGAGUUUUAUCCUCCCAAAACCACAAUUCCACCCCCACAACCUCCAAUGGAUCCAUUGCAUGAACCACCGCCACCCCCUCUUCAUGAGUCCGGGUGUAGUCUUCCAGGAUCACCUCCCCCACCACCACCACCAAGCUACCAUUCAAUGCCUUCACCUUCUCCGUCAACCAACUACCACUACAAGAAAUCGCCCCCCCUUCCUAAAGAGCAUUGGCAGUAUCCUCCAACAUGGAAUCAUCAAGCUCCUCUUCCACCAACCCAGUAUUCCUAUUCGCCACCGUCACCUCCGCCACUCCCAGUUUACAACACCCCUCUUCCACCAAUUAUAGGUUUAUCCUAUGCUUCUCCUCCUCCCCCUACGGUCCCCUACUACUAGUUACUCAUUUUGGCAUUGGCUUCUACUUAAUUUAAUGUUUUUGAAGAUGUCAAUUUACAUUAAUUAUUUUGCUUCAACAAUCCUUGACCAAGCAAAAAAACAUUAGGUCACUGCAAGGAUUCAUUGGUUCCAUGACCCACCUCGUGUGCUUGAUUUGAAAAAAAGAAUA